AUGGGAGUGAAUCUCGGUGUUGUCCAGAGCGAUGCAGGAAUGGAGGUGAAGAAGAUCGACACGGUCUGGGGAGGUCAAGACCCAAGAGUUGAGAAGGGAGGAGUGGGAGGUGAAUGUAUAAAUGGAAGAAGGGCCAGAUCGAUCGGGGGAGGCGUCUGGACUCCCUUGCAUCUCCCAACAGAUAAGGCGUCGUGGAGAACGAAGAAGGAGCCCGACAAAGCGGCCAGAAUCACUUGGAAUUUUCCGCAAUGCUGGCCUGAAAGCAAAGCAUCCACUGGUAAUCCUGCGUGUCAAGCGCGGCGAUCAGGCGGAAGGGGCGUUCCGGUCGCUGUACGAUGGAUGAAGCAGCAAUCCAGUUGGAUGGACACGAGAGAGUACUACCACUGUAGUAGUAGCGGUAGUGGCAGGUAUGUGGAUGAUGUCGGUGAUGUCGCGGCGAUGUUCGAGUUGAUCAGUCCAGUGCGAUGUAGCAGCGAACUCCUGAAAUCCAUCAUCGGACCAGGGACUAAAGGUACAUAUUUAUCUAUUAUUAUGAUUUAUUCCCAUCGGGUGGAUUCGACCCUAAUCUGA